CCGGCAUCGUUGUCGGAUGGACGUUUGAAAUUAUUUUUUGUCGCGACUAACCAUGCGUUUGUGCCGAAAGCGCGCGUAAACACAAAAUUUGUUGUCUCCAUUGUGUCGUUUCAAAACGUACGUAUUAAAGUGAAAUGAGAAUCGUGUAAUCGUUAAAAUGGGCGAACAAACGUUUACCAUACCAGACGAUAAUCUGGAACAGCACAUUGUGACUUUGUUUGAGAAAUUGGAAAUUUUACGCCGGGACGCGAAUACGAAUGGGGACAAUUUGGCGGGCAGGAUUCCAGCUAGAUUAGAGCUGAGGACUUUGUCCCUCUGGAAGGCCGUGGUCGCAGAAUGUGUGGCGUCGUUCCUUUAUGUUUUCAUAGUGUGCGGGGCGGCUGGUGGGGCGGGUGUGGGCGCCUCAGCCUCAGCAGUCCUUCUAUCUACGGCACUGGCUUCAGGAUGUGCUAUAGCAACCCUCACCAUGUGCUUCGUUAAUAUCUCUGGUGCUCACGUGAACCCGGCAGUAUCGGCAGCACUGUGCAUCCGAAGACACGUGUCUCCGCUCCGAGCCGCGUUGUACGUCAUGGCACAGUGCGGAGGUGCGAUCGCAGGAGCGGCCGCCAUUUACGGUGUAAGCGUGCCGGGCUACGGUGGAGGGCUAUCAGCGUCGCUGCCGGGCGGCGGCGCGGCGUGGGAGCGACUCGGCACGGAGCUCGUGCUGUCGGCGCUGGUGGCUGCGGCGUAUUUUGCCGCGAUGGAGCGACGGUGGACCGGAGCCGCCCCCGCCCUCCUGGGAGCGGCCUACUGUGCUGCGAGCUUCGUUUCGAUGCCAUCAUUGAAUCCGGCGCGGUCACUGGGACCAUCGUUUGUCCUGUCACGGUGGGAGAGCCACUGGGUGUGCUGGGUGGGGGGUCUCGGUGGGGGAGUAGCCAGUGCGCUUCUUCACGAGUGGGGCAGCCGAAAACGCCGCACGUCCUCCUCGCGGGCCUCAACACCACGAGAUCUGGACGAGCUGGACAAACCCGUGUUCCCUUCUGCCCAUCAUCAUUACCGGCCGUCGUAUUGCGCUGCAGCUCCUCGACCAGACACGGCGGAGCCUUUGUAUUCUGGAACUAAGUCUCUGUACUGCCGAUCACCGCCGCCCGCUAGACAUGCUUUGCACAGGUCGCAGUCGGUGUACAGUAAAGGCAGUUCGGCGACGAGCGGCGUGGCGAGCGCGGCUGCGGCGCCCCCCGCCCCGCUGCCGCUGCGCGCCCCCGCCCCGCACGCACACACGCACAACCAGAACGCGCAGAACGCACAGCGGGAUCCCCCUUACGGCGCCGCCAACGGAAUCAGACCCGGACCCGCAGGCGCCGCUGUCACAGAACGCCGCGAUUCGAUGUACGGAGUUCGUCGUCCGGAGGAUAACGCGUACGGCACGUACUCGCGAACGCACGCGAACGCGCUCGCGUACCGGCACACGCACGGCGAACACUACUAGCGUUCGGCCGAGCGGCACAACAUUGCGCUGCUCUUCGACGUCUGAACUGUGUCAAGUACAUUUACAAGUUCAAUUGUGCUUUUUAUUUGGUAGUUCAAUCGCUACGUUUGAAUUUGAUGACGAAUUUCUCGUUAAUUCGAAAUCACGGUAAAAGUGAAACUUUUUAUUGUUUUAGUGAUAAACAACAUUUACAUUAAACACUGACAAAAACAAACAAAAUAGCGUGGAGCACUGUUACAAAUGAGUAAUAGUCUAUACACUACACGGUCAGCUGCUGCGAACUAUAGGCGCCGCCAUAUUGACCUUGGCUGCUGUGACGAACGCCUUUUACUUUAUCCCUACUCCGCGGCCGACCGUCACGCAACAUGCAACACACAGACGAAAAAGUUUGAGACGAUGUAAUAAAUGUUUCACUUUAAUAAAUACUUUGACGGAACAAUGAGUAAAACGCCUAGCAGCUAUCAUUGCGUAUUUGUAAUCUAGAAUUACUACGAGUAUAAUACUAAUAUAUAAUACUAGUGUUUCUAGUAUUAUUUAUAUAUAAAUAAAAAAUUGGAGUGUCCGUUUGUAAUAUUGAAAUAACCGCUUUUUACAUGCAUAUGAAUACGAUACAUACAAUAAAAAUAACAUUUUUUACAAUUUUUGUCUGACUGUUUGUUCUGGCUAAUCUCUGGAGCAGCUGGACCGAUUUUGACGAGACUCACUAAUAGGUAGCUGAUGAUAUAAGGAGUAACUUAGGCUAUUUUUUUAGAUUAGCUUCGCCCCGCGGCGUAACCCGCGGUACGACAAUAACCGCGGGUAACAUCGCGAGACUCAGCUAGUCGAUAAUAAAACAAAAUCGAUUUAAAAUAAUGAUUUAUCAGAGUUGAUGAUCUUUAUAUUCCGAAAAAAACGUUCAGGAAUUAUUUAAGAUUGAUGAAAUUGUAAAUAUUAGUUUAUUAAGACCUAUAAUAUAUUAUUUUAAUAAGGCCGCAGUCGUGAACUGUAUAUAUGCAUAACUACAAGUACUAAUACAAAUGUCAAAGUAAGAACGCCUUGACAUUGAUAUUCUGUUUCCGGAUUCGCAGACACGAAAUUACUGUUUUUUUUUUAAAUUCAUAUUACAUUAUUUCAAAUUUUUCGAAUUCCUUACGGUUUUCGUAGGAAAAUAUCGAUUUUAAUGAAAAAUAAUUUUAAUUACGCCUCAGUGUUUUGAAUUAUAUAGCGCCGCCAUCUUGUUAAUUGUAAUUAAUGGCGGCUCAUUGAUGAAAACGUGUGGCAGCUGAUGCUGAUUAGAAUUAGCCUCUGUCAAAUAUAAUAACAAACAAAACAGACGACGUGUCAUCAUCAGAUGAGUAUUUCUUAAACUAGUAUGUGAAUAUUUGUUGAAGUAGCGAUAUUUCAGAGUAGAUACGAUAAAUUAUAUAUAUAAUUAUACUGGUGGUAGGACCUCUUGUGAGUCCGCGCGGGUAGGUUCCACCGCCCUGCCUAUUUCUGCCGUGAAGCAGUAAUGCGUUUCGUUUGAAGGGUGGGGUAGCUGUUGUAACUAUACUUGAGACCUUAGAACUUACAUUUCAAGGUGGGUGGCGCAUUUACGUUGUAGAUUUCUAUGGGCUCCAGUAAUUCCUCAAAACCAGGUGGGCUCUGAGCUCGUCUACCCACCUAAACAAUAAAAAUAAUAAUCAUAAAGACGCCUGUGUGCUUAGUGCGAGUUUUUUAACUUCUAGAAUUUUGGAAUAGAGCCCCUACCAUUAGCGCCUCUAGGGGCGCUGUUCCAACUCCAUACAAAUUUGAGUUAAAUUUUACGUGAUUGAGAAGUUAAAAAGCUCACACUAAGCACACAGAUGUACUAUGUGUUAUGUAUCUUUAUAUAUAUAAUUCUACUGUACGUGUGUAUGUCACUGAACUCCUAAACGGCUGGACCGAUUUGAAUGUUUUUUUUUUGUAUGCGUUUGGAUGGCCCCUGGAUAUUUUAGAUUCAGAAACCAGCCCGGCAGAUGGCCCUGCAGUCGAUAUCUAGGUUAUUUAUCCAUACUGCAACUAAACAGCUGGAUCGACUUGAAUUAAUUUUUGUGUAUGCAUUCAUUCAUUCAUUUCAUUCAUUUUGUGUUUGCAGGACAAAGUCUAACGGUUCCGCUAGUUUAUUUAUGUGUGUAUAAAUUAGACAAUUAUAUUAGAUUCAUAAGAAACUUAGUUAAAGUAAUUCGUAAUUGUAUUAAUCAAAGUUUUGGAACAUUAAUUAGAAUGUAUAUAUUUUAUAUUUGAAAAGUUGAUUGUAAUCACACUUUAACCACUGACAUUUGAUAUUUAAAAAUAUUGCGACUACUAAAUUUUACUAUUUACAUGCUUUAUGGUACACUUUAUGGUAGGCAGCGACUUGGUUGUGCCCCUGACAUGGCUGAAGUCCAUGAGCGACGGUAAGCAUUUACCAUCAGGUGGGUCGGAUGCUCGUCUGCCUACAUUGGCAACAAUUUUAUGUACGACUGUACUGCAAGAUGUUAACUUUCAAAAAUAACUCGCUGUUUGCAGUUGGACACUUAUUUGUUUAUUUUAUUUCUAUUGCCCUUGUAGGCAGACGAGCAUACGGCCCACCUGAUGGUGAGUGGUUACCGUCGCCCAUGGACUUUAGCAAUGCCAAGGGCAGAGUAAAGCUGCUGCCUACUGAUUAUUCAAAUUGUCCUCUAUACAAGGCGAUCCUACUUACUUCUAUCUUCAUAGUGUUGAAGUCGAUAAGGACGACGUUCUGUUACGUACAAACAAACGUACCGAACGUUUUGAUGUAUGUUUAAUAUGUAAAUAAUCUCAACUAGCGAUAUUUAUUAAAAGUAUCUUAAAUCUUCACAUUUUGGCUAAACGGACCAAAUAGUUGCCAAAUACUUUUUAUAUAUAUACAUAUUUUAAAUUAAGUAAAUUUAACAUUUAAUUGUGCCAUAAUUAUGCCACAAAUAUAUUUUACAGUUGUUGUAUUUAGGCUGUAUUCGUUUGUAAGCAUGAUGUAAGUUUGACGCGGGAACUUCUAAAAUUAAGAUGGCCUGUGGUAUCUAUGUACCGGCAGUACGUAGCACUGUGUCUAAAUAAAAAACCGUGCGCGUGGAACUUGGUCCACGUGAAUGAAGUGAAACUUCUUUUUCGAAGUGUAGUGAUUGGGGUUUUCCUCAUUUUUCAUCCUUAAAUCAGAUUGCUAUUGUAGUAGGGAAUGCUGUGUAUAAGAGAUGCGACAUCUUCAACAUUAUAUUUUAAAUUAUAGAUAGAAAAUUAAAUAUACAUAUAUUUUUAAAUACUUCAUUAAAAUAUUGGAAAAAUAAAUAUAUACAUUUUUAAAAUACUUUAUUAAAAUAUUAGACGCUACUCGUUGCUAUUUUUUUUAUUUUUUUUUUUAUUGCUUAGAUGUGUGGACGAGCUCACAGCCCACCUGGUGUUAAGUGGUUACUGGAGCCCAUAGACAUCUACAACGUAAAUGCGCCACACACCUUGAGAUAUAGUUCUAAGGUCUCAGUAUAGUCACAACGGCUGCCUCACCCUUCAAACCGAAACGCAUUACUGCUUCACGGCAGAAAUAGGCGGGGCGGUGGUACCUACCCGCGCGGACUCACAAGAGGUCCUACCACCAGUAAAAACGGCGGCUAACGGUCGCGCUGGCCUGUAUCAGGUAAACUAUGCGCGAGCGUUCCAGUGCCACGCAUUCACUCUCGCUCUGUCUCUUUCUAUUCCACGGUAGCGUUAAACGUUUAACGCAACCUUGUUGGAAGUCGCAUUAGAAGUUUCACUUCACAAAUUAAUUGCAUUAAGAACUGCACUUAACGUAUUAAUGCAGGUUUUUCUUUCGUUGAGAUUGUAUAAAGGUUUUUUGUAAUAUCUUCGACACAAUGAAACCGCUUUGUAUAAAUGAAGCGCUCUCGUUGGCAUAUAUGAGUCGACUAUUAUCAAAGCCGGCAAUGUGACUUUUGGACAAUUAUUGGUAAAUCAGAAAAACGAAUUAAUGACUUUGUAUUCCAUUGGCAGUCACAAAACUCUUCUGAACGACAUCUUAGAUAAAUAACAGGUUAACUAUUAACCUUUAUUUAAUGCAGGUUCUGAACCGUAUUCUUUGAAGGAGACGAUUAUAUUCAAAUCAAUCUGUAUUGACAUAUCAAUUUUUUUUUUUUUGUCCAAAUGCACAGAAUGCCACCUUUGAUAAUAGACGACUCAUAUAUACAAAAAAAAAAUAGAUUUUUUUGUUGAAAAUAAAAAUCAGUUUGAUACAUAAAAAAAGACUUAUUAAUGUAGCGCGUACUGUAAAUAAUGUAAUAAGAUAACUGUUUAUCAAGUUAAUAAAAAUAUAUUCUACAAUAACAUAAUAUUUAAAUAAUAAUCUCGAAUGUUCGUAUUUUCGCGAGAGUAUCGUUUCGACUUUAAAUAGCUUGAUAUAUUGUUGUUAACUAAAAGUAAAGUCAUUUUGUAGGAAGUCAAGAACUUUCAGCAAUAGAUUAAGCUUCGAAGAAUAGUUCAAACGAGAUGUUACAGUGAAUAACUUCUUAUUUUGUAAAUAUUGUAAGACGAUUGUUUCUUUGAGCAGCUCGCGCGCUUCUUAUAUUUAUUUAUAUUACAUUUCGUGCCAUAAAAAUACGAGGAGCGUGUUCUAUGUUCUAAUUAUAAUUUCAUGUGUGCUCACAUCGCAUUACACGACAAUGCUAGAGUUGAAAUUGACCAAUUCUUCUAAGUGAAUGUGUUCUUAAUACGUGGUAACAAAUUCUUGUAAUUACUGAUAGUGGAACCUUUUGUGAGUACGCAUGGGUAGGUACCACCACCCUACCUACUUCUGCCGUGAAGCAGUAAUGCGUUUCGGUUUUUAAGAAGGGGCAGCCAUUGUAACUAUACUGAGACCUCAGAACUUAUAUCUCAAGGUGGGUGGCGUACGUUGUAGAUGUCUAUGGGCUCCAGUAACUACUUAACACCAGAAGGGCUGUAGCUCGUCCACCCAUCUAAACAAUAAAAAAACAAUGGCGUAAUGUGAUGGUGCGCGGACGCGGAAUAGGUACCACCUCUGAUGGACACCAGCGCCCCCGGCUGAGGGCUCCGGUGGCUUUACGCCAGAUGUCCUACACGUCCGAUCGUCAAUCAACAACGAUAAAAAACGAUUGUAUAUUGCGCUGCGGACGAUAAGUAAUGCCGGUCUUACUCAACUUUGGAUAGCUCAAAAUGCGCCAAGAACUGUAACUAACAAAUGUUUUGACGUUUUUCAGUAUUGUAAUUGAAGUUACACUUCGCAGUUGUCCGAAGUGAAUCUUCACGUCAUCUAAUCUUCCUUUGUAGAUAAAAUUCUCAUUUUUUUUUACGUUGUAUUAUAUAUUACAAUAUAUUGAUCCUAAUUAAGCAAGUUUACAUUAAAGUUCUGAAUAUGUG